UAUUCACAUUCAUUUUCCAUCUAGAGCCACCCUCAAACGCUCUAACCUUACAUUAACUUCUUCAUUAGUAUCGACUAGGAGAAAAUAUCUUCAUCGAAUAUGUUUGGAAAACUAGUCAUGUUAUAACCCGGUAUUAACCCCAGUAAUUUUCGGUCGGGUAAGAAAUCCACGGACAAAACUCCAUGCAAUACAAAAGCUAAUGACAAGUGAUGACUGACUGACAACUUAAUAGAAUCCAUCCGUUCUCAGGCAAUAAUGUCGACGGAAAAUAAUAACAAAGUGGUUUGUGUGACGGGAGGAAGCGGCUACAUUGGGUCUUACUUAGUCUCUCUCCUCCUUUCUCGUGGUUACACCGUUAACACCACCGUCAAAGACCUCAAUAAUGACAACGAAACGAAGCAUCUAGAAACCUUAGAAGGUGCUAAAACUCAUCUCCGCUUGUUCCGGCUUGAUCUUCUCGAUUACGAUUCCAUUCUUGCUGCGGUUUCUGGAACUUCUGGAGUUUUUCACAUUGCUUCUCCUUGCAUUGUUGAUCAAGUUCACGAUCCUCAGAAAGAAUUGCUUGAUCCAGCAAUAAAAGGUACGACAAAUGUACUGAAGGCUGCGAAAGAAGCAGGUGUAAAGCGUGUGGUUGUGACAUCUUCCGUGUCUGCAAUUUCACCUAAUCCUAAUUGGCCUGCUGAUGUUGUUAGAGACGAAAAUUGUUGGACUGAUGUUGAAUUCUGCAAACAAAAAGAGUUGUGGUAUCCACUUUCCAAGACCUUGGCCGAGAAAGCAGCUUGGGAAUUUGCAAAAGAAAAUGGCUUGGAUGUGGUUGUGGUAAACCCUGGCACUGUCAUGGGGCCAGUUCUCCCUCCUACUCUAAAUGCAAGCAUGUUAAUGUUGCUCCGGCUUCUUCAAGGCUGCACUGAAACUUAUGAAAAUUUCUUUAUGGGAUCUGUCCAUGUGAAGGAUGUAGCCCUGGCACACAUUUUAGUAUAUGAAAACAAGUCUGCUACUGGAAGACACUUGUGCCUGGAGGCCAUAUCACAUUACGGUGACUUUGCUGCCAAAGUUUCGGAAUUGUUGCCAGAGUAUAACUUACCAAGGUUGCCAAGAGAAACUCAGCAAGGGCUGUUGCGGGCCAAGAAUGCAGCAAAGAAGUUGAUGGAUUUAGGCCUACAAUUCAUUCCAAUGGAGCAAAUAAUUAAGGACUCAGUUGACAGCUUAAAGAGCAAAGGAUUCUUAUCUUGAGUACUAUUACUAGAGAACUUAUUUUAGCCAUAAGAUAAGCUAAAGCUAAUGUAAACCUUUAUCGAUACUGUGGUUACCAGUUAAGUGAGGUAUUAUUUGAUGUAAGUUUUAAAUUAUAGCGACCUCAACUUGAACCCAAACUUGUACUUCAACACUCCUACGCUAUGAGAGUUUAACUCAAAGCAUUAUAUGAGUGCUUUAAUAAUACAGCUUCAUCAAAUAAUUUUCCUGUCAAA